GAACACUUAAUUGACAGAUUGAAAUUUCAGACUCUCAUCAGGAUUUCAUUUUGAGAAUAUAUGGAUUAGAAAGUGAAACAGAUUAUUGGUAGUUAAAAUUCAUUAAUAUUAUUAGAUUUUCGAGUUCCAGAUUUGAUGGAAAAAUCAGAGAUAUAUUAGGAUAGAAUAAUCACAUUAAAAUCACUAUGGAAACCUAAGUUAAACAUCAACUUUGGGGUUUGGUGGUGUUGAGCAUAUUGAUUUUUUGGUUUUGAG